AGAGGAAGUUCAGGAGAACUGUGUCCGCUGGAAAAAGAAAUUCACCUUCGUGUGUAAAAUGAGUGCCAACCCAGCCACGGGACUCCUGGACCCCUGCAUCUGCCGAGUAUCUGUCCGUAAGGAGCUGAAGGGCGGAAAAACCUACUCAAAGCUGGGCUUUGCUGAUCUAAAUCUGGCAGAAUUUGCGGGCUCUGGAUCCACUGUCCGUUGCUGCUUGCUGGAAGGAUAUGAUACUAAGAACACCCGGCAGGACAACUCCAUCCUAAAGGUCACCAUUGGAAUGUCCCUGCUCUCGGGGGACCCCUGCUUCAAAACGCCUCCUUCCACCGCCAAAUCCAUCACCAUACCAGGGCAGGACUCUACCCUGCAGCUGACCUGUAAGGGCGAGGGAACCACAAGCAGCAGCAGCUCGGCCACCAUUGGCUCUCUGCGUCAGACCAAGCCAAGAGCUGCCAUUCUUAGCUCAGGUGUUCCAGAAGAACCGGACCAGAACCUGUCCAGCCCGGAGGAAGUUUUCCACUCGGGGCACUCGCGGAACUCCAGCUACGCCAGCCAGCAGUCCAAGAUCUCCGGUUACAGCACGGAGCACUCCCGUUCUUCUAGUAUGUCUGACUUGACCCAUCGCAGGAAUACCUCCACCAGCAGCAGUGCAUCUGGAGGCCUGAGUAUGACGGUGGAGUGUCCUGAGGGAGAGCGGGACCACAAACUUGAGAAGCCACCUCGCCCCCCCAGACCAGCCAUUCUGCUGGAUAGACCCUCCCGGAGGAAAAAGGAUUCAGUGGAGAGUCACCCAACCCGAGUGGAUGACACCAGGAUCGAUGCUGAUGAUAUAGUGGAGAAAAUAAUGCAGAGUCAGGACUUCACAGAUGUCAGCAAUACUGAAGACAGUAACCUGAGGUUGUUUGUGAGCAGAGAUGGAACAACUACAUUGAGCGGUAUUCAGCUGGGAAACAGGGUCUCAUCUGGAGUUUACGAGCCAGUGGUGAUUGAAACCCACUAAAUGUGAAGAACAGGGUAGAGCUGCUGGAAACAGACCCCCUACCCAGUCCGCUGCCACAUGGAUGCCAACCUUUACCUCUCUUCAUGCAGCAUUCCAGAAGGGAUUUCACCACGCCCCUCCCCGUACAUUUGCACUGCAGAACUACUCCGAGACCACUCCAGAUCAUGCACUUUCCCUGCGUUGGCAUUACCCUUCUCCGCUUCCCAGUUCUUCCAGUGCCUGCCUUCCUUCCCCCUGUUUCUGAUCAGACGCAAGGUGUCUGUGAGGUUUGUCCUUAGUCCCAGAGGAUGUUGCUCAUCUGCAUUCACCCAUUCACUUGCAACAGGGGACUUCUCAGCUUCUGUCUCCCCAGAACAUUGGGUUAUACCACUGUGAACUCUUCAAACCACUGGGGGAGGGGGAAACCGUUCUAACCAAACCGAGAGCUGCUCGUUGGUGACACGGUG